AUGUCUCUUCCUCCCGAACUUGAACGACUCAUCGUUGUCGAACAUCUAGACGAUGCCAGGGCGCUUAAAACCUGCGCACUAGUCUGCGGGCGAUUUUGCUGCUGGGCCCAAACGUGUCUCUUUCGCAGCAUACAUCUCUGCGACCUCCACAACUUGAAAUGGCAACACCUCCUUAACAUAUUAGAUGUUUCCCCACACAUCGCUUCGUAUGUUCAAAUCCUCUGGAUAGACGCAACCGCCCAUACCCGGACUUUCGUGGAUUUGCUAGUGCCUCGACAAUGGAACACCCUCAAUACGCUCCAUGUCCAUGGCAUCCGAUUGACUAACGCUGCAGUCGCUCGCACAAUGAAACAUCUCAUCUCCUCUCCAGCUCUGAAAACUCUCCAGCUUAGUCUUCUUCAUAUGGAGGCGGCGGUUUGGAACAUGCUGCAUCACUGUUCAUCGACCGUCGCAGAUCUCCACCUCCAAGUUCUCACUUUUCCGUGGACCAAUUCCAACGAGGAGUCCAAGUUGGACUGUCAACUUCCGUUGAGGUCAUCUCGCCCUCAAAUUCGCCGUCUCAGCCUGUUUUGCGCUUCCAAUGCUAUCGAAAUGCUAUCAGGCCCUCAUUCCCCACUCGAUUUAAGCCAGCUGACCAUACUGGAGUACUACAAAUCACCGCACACCCUACUGACUCCGCUUCUCCAGCAGUGUAACGAACUCACCUGCUUGAAGGUUGACGCUUAUGAUCCCACCCUGCAGAAAUUUCCGCUGGACCUGCCGUCCAUCACCGAGCUCCAGUGCCAGUUCUGUGGGAACACCAUAUGCGACGUUCUCUCGCAACUCGUAUACCCAGCCCACCUCAAAACUCUCAGAUUGACGACAUUUGAGCAGUGCUGGCCGAUCCAAGACAACGACUCGGAUGGGCGAUUGACAAUAGAGCAACAGUUGGGGCCCCAGAUUGAGGAGGCGGUGAUUCAGAAGCUCACCUCGAUGGACACGUUGGUCGUGGAAGUUGCGGUGAGGACAAAUAAUGUGGCCUUGGAGAUUACGAGGACCAUCGAGCGUGCAAUGCCCCGGCUUGCCGCAGAUGGAAAGCUUGCUGUUGCGUUCAAGUUGGCAGGGAAUAACAAGUGGGCAUGA